AUGUCAUCUCGAGGCACCUCCUACGCCGCCCUGAAGGCGACGGCCACGCUAGAAAGCUGGGAAGGACUCGCCACUCAGGCUCGCCAGACGAAAGCAGGCGAGCAGGUGCUCAAGUCCUGGGAAGACCGGGUGGAAGGCCUGAUCCCGCACACAGAUGCCAAGGUGCGCUACUUUGGCAAGGAUCGAAGUAAACCUCGAGUAAAGAUUUAUCGAGAUCAGGCAGCAUGGUGUCCCUAUUGCCAGAAGGUUUGGCUGCUUCUCGAAGAGAAGCAGGUUGACUACGAAGUGGAGAAAGUGCCGAUGCGAUCGUACGGUGACAAGCCCAGGGAGUUCAUGGCUUUGGUUCCUCGCGGGCUUUUGCCAGCCAUGGAAAUAGAUGGCAAGGUCAUGACAGAGAGCUUGGACAUCAUGUUCACUAUCGAAGGUGCGUUUCCAGAUCCAGACAAGCCAAUGUUUCCAGCCUCGGGACCACUGCGGGACCGAGCUGCUAAGCUUCUCAGCCUGGAACGACAACUCUUCGGCGCGUGGUGCUCAUACUUAUUCCGACCAGAGAUGCCGUUGAUUGGUGGUUCCGAAAGGGAUUUCACCAGCGCCCUACAAGCAGUUGAUUCCGAGUUGGCGAAGAAUACAGAGUCGCCGUUCUUCCUGCCUUACCAGCACCCGACCAUCGUGGACAUGCAGUAUGUCUCUCAUGUAGAGCGUGCAGUUGCGAGUGCCAUGUAUUACAAAGGGUAUGACGUGCGCAAGAAGUUUGCACACAUCGACGAGUGGCUUUCUGCAUACGAGAAGCUGCCGCACUACAUGGCGACGAAGAGCGACUACUACACGCACUGUAUGGACAUUCCUCCGCAGUACGGCCCAUGCUUUUCCAAUGACAACGCAGAAGCCGUGCGAGCAAGAGAGGACAUUGAUCCUCAAAGCGCCAAGCUCCCUGCACAAUGGCAGACAAGUGUUGAGCCCCCCACACCGGAGCAGCUCGAAAGGUCGGAGGAGGACUAUCGGAUUGAGGCGGCGAUGCGGCUCACCGAGAAUCAACAGGCAGUCACCCGAUUCUGCUGCUGUGCAGCCGGAGGCGAUGUGGGCUCUUGGGCGCGAGGCAAUCCGACGAAAUGUGAGCUUGCAGAUCCUUAUGCCAGGCCGAAUGACGACUAUGCAGCUGGAGUGAAUGUGGUGCUUCGCUCGAUUGCCACCGCCCUUCUCAAAGGGGACCCAAGCCCUGUGCUGAGCAUCAAGGCCUCCGUCGAGAAAGAGGCGAAGAUGUCCGGACGCGAUCUUGAGGUUAUCGCGGAUUGCAUUUGCUACCUUCGAGACCGCGUUGGAUCGCCACGAGAUCUCUCCAUGCCCGCCGCCAAAAUCUUGCGCGCGCAUUUGGCAGAAGCAGUCAGGCAGAGAAAGGGCUACAUCAUCAAUGGCAGCCCUCCACAGCAAGAACCCGCGAAUCGAGCAAGGCGGCCAAAGUGGCGCUUGUGCUUCAGGUUGGACCGACAAACGGUGUCAGCCAAAGAGUCGCUGGAACAUUUAGCACCGAAGUACCAGCACGACUUCUUCUUGACGGUCGUCGAUCCGCCGGCUACUGGUUCUUUCAGAGAAUCGCCACCAGCGCCCUUCUUCGCAUCAAGGGUGGCCUGUCACGUUGCAGACUUGGUGGCGAGUCGGCCUAUGAUCGCACAGCUGGCUGGUCGAAGUUUCGAAGGCAAAGCGCUGGCGAGCAUAGGCGCUGAGUGCAUGGCGGCCGGGCUCUGUGCAGCAAUGCUGGGGGCAAAAAUCGCCUUCGUCUGCGAGAGAAGCCUGGAGCCUCACGUGCAGCACAACGUGCGCCUGUUUCGCAGGGACACCUUGGACUACACAAAGACCAAGACAAAUGUUCUCGCUGUUGCCCCUUGCAGCCCAGGGAGGUGCGGUCACUUGGAGGCGGAGGUCUUGUCUGAGAAGCUGCAGGCACCUUCUCUGGACAUGGUAGUUCUCACCGAGGUGAGCUUUGCGAGGGUUGUCGGCGACUUCGGCGGGCUUGUUGGAAACCGCCGUGGUGAGGUGUGCAGGGUUUCCGGAGCAGGGGACUUUCCCAGGGCUUUCUCUCGAGGAGAACCCCUGUAG